AUGGAAGUCAUAGCCGCUAUUCAAGAUAUGGCAAGUGCAAUAAGGGAAAAUUACAACGGUAAUCAUCAAGAAGGUAAUGAAGAACGAGUUAUGAGAAUACAAGGUGAAUUUCGUAAGGCCCGAAAUCCUAUAUUCAAGGGUACCUUAGAUCCCAUGAUAGCUGAAGAAUGGUUGAGACAAAUGAAGAGAACUCUGAAUAAUCAAAAAGUGCCGGAAGAUUUGAAAGUAAUUAUCUCAUGUACGUACUUGGAAGGUGCAGCUUAUCACUGGUGGGAAUCAGUUCUUGCUACUCCAGACACUGAAAUUACAACCUGGGAUGCAUUUGAAGUUAUUUUUCUUGAAAAAUAUUUCCCAAACACAGUAAAGCAAGCCAAGGCAAAAGAGUUUAUGUUUCUAUCUAAAGGGGAAAUGACAGUAGCUGAAUACCAAGGUAGAUUUGAGGAACUGAUGCGGUUUGCUCCGGGUAUUAUUCCCAAUAAGGCUGCUAAAGCAAAGAAAUUUGAGGAAGGACUUAAUCCUGAGAUUAGGGAGAAAGUGUCGAUUCUAAAGUUAUUGAAAUAUUCGGAAGUGGUGGACCAAGCACUUAUUGCUUAA